GGAUCCGGACGAACACGGAUGACAGACGUGACGCUAUUACGCCAUUUUAUGUCGGUUGCCGACUGACGAAUUGCUGUGAACAUUGCCGUUCCCGUUUUGCGUGCGAAAAACGUCAUUUUGGUCGCCGACCGUUAUCCUUGUUAGUAGCGGGCGUCUUUUACACGGUGCGUUUACCGGUAUACGGUUAGCCUCACGGUCGCGUCGGUGAUGCGUUGUUGAGCGGCCACCACCGCCUAUUUCAGUCAUCGCUCGACAAUUUUUCCCGGUGAAAUCGAUCCGUCCGCGAUUCAAUGGCCGCCAAUAACUAUUUCGGGUUCGCUCAUGGAGGCACCCAGUACGCUACUGCUACUGGCUAUCAGCCUGCACCACAAGCAGGAUAUGCAGUUCCACCAGCUACUUAUACAACACCUCGAGCUGCUGCAACUGCAUAUGAUGUAGCAUCCUAUCAAACUGCUGCAGCCACACAAUCUGCUUACGCAAAAGCGGCUUAUAACAGUGCUACAUAUGAUACUAGACAAAACGCCUAUGCACAACAAACCUAUCCAACUCAACCUCAAUAUGCACCAUACCAAGCAGUUACUACUUACACCACAGGAGUUGUCCCUAAAAAGCAAUGUCAAGCUAAUGCAGCUGCAUAUGCUACUAGUUCUGCUAUGCAACAAAAAGUUACAUAUCCAAUCCAGUCAGCUUCAGUUGCUUCAAAUCAAGCUACUAAUAAAGGGUAUGAAGCUGUCUAUUCUAAUACAAAUUUUCCCACUCAAAACCAAAAUCAAGUACGACCCAAUAAUGCACAAAAAAGACAAAAUUGGUAUAAAAAAAGUACUACUGGUUUUGCUGGAGGUGCUAAAAGUAGCAACCGGUUAGGUUUUGCUAGUCGAUCUCAGGAAAUUCAUUAUUGUGAAGUAUGUCGUAUUAGUUGUGCAGGAACUCAGACAUAUAAAGAACAUCUGGAUGGGCAAAAACAUAAGAAACGUGAAGCUAAUUCUAAAAUAUCUACAACUAAUGUUGGCAAAACUUCGAAUAAUCCUGCAACUAAAGUAUUCCAUUGUGAUCUCUGCGAUAUUUCUUGUACGGGUGCUGAUUCAUAUGCAGCACAUUUGAGGGGUUCAAAACAUCAGAAAGUUUAUAAUUUGCACACAAAACUUGGUAAACCAAUUCCACCACCUAAUACUGAAACUACUACAGUUGUUUCAAAAGCAGCCACACCCAAAGUUCAUUUUGUUGCUUCUGGAAAAUUGGGUACAGUUGUUCCAAAAAUAGAAUCUAAUGUAUCUCCUGUUGUUACUGUUAAAACUGAAACUAAAUCGUUACCUCCUGUAGUAACUCCAAUUACUACUGGAGAAACUGAUGUUCUGCUUGUUGGAAUGGAAUAUAUAGAAGAAAUAAAGGAUGAAACAGGUAAAAUGGUGAGUUUCAACUGUAAAUUAUGUGAAUGUAAGUUUAACGAUCCCAAUGCCAAGGAAAUGCAUAUGAAGGGUAGAAGACAUAGGCUUUCUUACAAGAAAAAAGUGGAUCCUAGUCUAAUAGUGGAAUUAAAACCAAGUUGGUUUGAAUCUCGUAGAAUGCAGAAAGAUAAACAACAUGAUGGUUCUAGAGUUAGAGAUGAAAGAUCUAACUUUUGGGCUGAUCGUUUUAUGGAUAUGGAAGAUCGAUAUUCAUGGGAAGAUCGUAGGCGUUAUCAAGAAGAAGUGGAGUAUUAUGACUGGUGUAGGUCAAUGGGUCCAAGAAAUAUGGGUCCACCACCUCUUUUUGGUCCUCCUGCUAUGAUAGGGGCUCGACCCCCUCCUCCUCAUUUGAUGAAAUUUGGUCUUGGUAUGAGACCUCAAAUGCAUAACUCAAUGCGACGUUAUGAUACUGUUGAUGACAAACAUAUUAUGGCUAAACACUCUAGUUUGUUCCCAAAGCAGAAUUCAUUAAAAACUUUACAAAAAGCCAUCUCAGACACAGAAAAAGCAUUGAAACUUGCUGCUGAAGAUUUAGUUAAAACUACUCCAGAAGUGAUUGUUCCAGUCCCUGAAAUUCAAGUUGCUGAAAAUACAGAUGUAAAAAAAGAGCAAUCAAAGAAAACCACUACAGCAAAAGAGGAUGGUCGUGAUGGGUCAAUGUUUACUUUUAAUACUGAAAAAGAUGACAUUAAAACUGUUAAGAAGAUGACUGGUUCAAUGCGAGUUGGAGCAUUAUCUAAAGGACUUUUAUUAAUAAACGAAAAUGAUGUUGAUCUAGUAAUCAUAUGUUCAGUACCACCAUCUGUAGCAUUAUUAAAUUCUAUUGUUACUAUUUUACCUGAAAAAUUAAAGAUUGUUGCUAAAGAUGAAAUUUAUAUUGUCAAUAAAUGUGAAGCUGAUGCAAAAUUAACUGUUGAGACUACUGUAGAAGAAGAGAAGUUUGUUGUGAAUGUAACCCUUACAUCACCAUCAAUAAGAGAAGCUAUUUUAAGUGCUGCCGAAGGAGAAAGCCAACAGACGGAACCAGUGGCCAUUGUGCCUGGCGAACACGUUUUGGACAAGACAAAAUGUUUGGAAGCAUUGGCUGCCAUCAGGCAUGCCAAAUGGUUUCAGGCUAGAUUGGGUGUAAUUGCUAAUGGUCCUUUGAUAAUUCGAAUUUUGAAAGAUUUCAUAAUGAGAGAACCUAAAUGGCACCCCUUUACUCCAUGGAUGCUGGAACUCUUUGUUGAACGUGUAUUAACUAGUGCUUUUCCACCUAAUUCACCCAAUGCUGCUGCAGGUUUGAGUCCUGCUGAAUGUUUAAGACGUUUCUUAGAAUCAAUUGCGAGUGGUGCCUUACUGCCAGGUGCUACAGGUAUUCAUUUAAUUGAUCCAUGUGAGAAAGAUCCUAUUGAUGCUUUGGCACCGCUUACAUUACAACAGCGAGAAGAUAUCACACUUUCUGCUCAGAAUGCAUUGCGUUUGCUAACAUUCAGACAAGUUAAUAAAGUGCUUGGGAUGGAAAUGCUACCUAUCAAACAACAGCGUUUUACUCGCAAACGGCGUCGUGAAGGUUCAGCUGGAGAAGGAGUGGAAACUGAUGAUGUUGGAGAAAAUAAGAAGAAAGAUAAAAAAGAAGACGAUAGCACAAAUCAGACACAAACAAAUGAUAUUACUGAUGCUUCUGAUGAAAUUUCUAAUGGCAUUAUUUCUAGUAUGGAAACUGAGAAGAUUGAUACUAAAUAGUGUAAAAAUGAACUAGUCCUUGUAUAUUAACUAUUAUAUUUUUAUGUUAAGGAAUUUAAUUAUACUUUUUAACUCAAAUUUUCUUUGAGAUUAUCAUUUCUCAAUUAUUGACAAUUUAACUGUUGAUUGAUUGUGUAUACUCACUUUCAUGUUUUAUUUAUCGUAAUUCACAUAAGUACAUACAAUAAAGGAUAUGUAUUU